AUGGAACAAAAAAACGGCAGUGGAGUGAAUGAAUUCAUCCUCCUGGGAUUUGCUGGUCAGCACAGGUCCUGGCACAUCCUUUUCACAGCCUUUCUUGUCAUCUAUGUGGCCUCCCUGGUGGGCAACACUGGGAUGAUCCUGCUCAUCAAGGCUGACCCCACCCUUCACACACCUAUGUACUUUUUCCUCCAACACCUGGCUUUCGUGGACCUCUGUUACUCCUCUGCCAUCACUCCCAAGAUGCUGCAGAACUUCGUGAGCAGGGACCAGUCCAUCUCCUUCACAGGGUGCAUAGUGCAGUUACUAGUCUAUGGGACAUUUGUCACAAGUGACUGCUUCAUCCUGGCUUCCAUGGCCGUGGACCGCUAUGUGGCCAUCUGCAAACCCCUGCACUACCUCGUGAUCAUGUCCAAGAGAGUCUGCAUCCAGUUGCUGCAUGGUUCGUAUGUUAUUGGUUUCUUAAACAGUUCUGUAAACACAAUUAUGACUUUUUCCUUGAACUUUUGCAAAUCCAAUGUAAUUAAUCACUUUUUCUGUGAUAUGCCUCCAAUUCUCACUCUAUCAUGCUCCAGUAUUGAUGUAAAUAUCGUGGUUGUGACUGUCUCUGCAGGGUUCUGCUUGAUACUCAUUGUGUCAGUUGUCAUGUUUUCCUACAUAUGUAUCCUGGCCACCAUCCUCAGGAUGCCUUCAGCCACAGGAAGGAAAAAAGCCUUCUCCACGUGCGCCUCCCACCUGAUGGCGGUCACCAUCUUCACUGGGACUCUGGCUUACAUGUACAUAUUCCAAGGGAGUAAUAGUUCCAAAGAGCAGGAAAAAGUGGCUUCUUUGUUUUAUGGAAUUAUGAUUCCCAUGUUAAACCCCCUCAUCUACAGCCUGAGAAACCAAGAUGUGAUCACAGCCAUGUGA